AUGGAAAAGGAAGAUAAUGGGAAUGGUAUUCAAGCUCAGGAAUCGACGCCAGAGACAAGUUCAGAUUCUAAAAAUGAGGCCGAAGUGAAUGAAAUCGACUUAGCUCCAACUGAAAACCCUGACACUGAAAGCAUGGGAAAUGAGAAGGAGAAGGACGAAGAAUGCGAUAUUUUGGAAGUAGGAGACUCGCCAAACCAAAGCCCCCCUUCUCCCGAAGGUGGAGACGCAGAUGGAAUGAAUGAUCAGGACCCACAGGAUCUGACAGAGAACAAAAAUAAUGGAAAUGCUGAAGAGAAAGUAGGACCUACCUCCAUCAGUUUGUCGACACUUAUUUCUACGAUAAUCAAAGGCACUGUUGCGAGUAUGGAUGAUGUUGGUGUAGGAAAACAAGGUUUCAAGGAACCUCCUUUGCCACUUCCGCCAGGGGAGAUUGUAAGCUCUACGCAGCUACAGGAUGAAGCAUUGAGCUCUGCCUCUGACAACCCAACGGGUGUCACCAAUCUUGGUCAAGAAACUGUCCUUCAUGAAAACACAGAUGAAGUUCUUGAGCACAGUCUCCCGCCUGCCUACCACUCCGUGAUGGAUACGAAACGGAGAGGCCCCGAUCGUCGGCCAAGGAUGCAAAACAGAUUCUCUCUGUCGCGGAUGGGCACCUACGAAGAACCCUUGGAAGUACCAAAGACUGAAACUAUUGAUACAGAAGGAGGAAAGAUAUACCAAUGCCUUUCCUGUAAAGUUUCCUUCAACUAUGAACAGGACAUGCAGAUGCAUCUUCAAACCCAUCUGCGUCCACGUUACUUUUGUCCAGUAUGCUCUAAGAGAUUCUUAAACCAGAGCACUCUGGAACGUCAUAUGGUGACACACGAGCAAACUAAACCUUUCGUUUGUUCCAUCUGCUCACAAGGAUUUCGAAUCAAAUCCAAUCUGAAUAGACACUAUCAACGCAUUCAUAACAGCAAGGUAGACCUCGGAGAACCCCGACGAGGAAGGCCUGUGAGUUCCGUACCAAGAUCUAACAUGCCACACCCAGUAGAUACUCUGCCUAAAGCAAAAUUUCCCAUCCAAACUCUCGGAAUGGUUCCUCGGUCAAUUUCCCAUCCAUAUCAAUCACCAGCCUCUUAUAAAGAUAGUCAGAUUUCAGCGACAAACCUCGCUGCUCCACCGAUUGACUUUAAUCCAUCUCUUCGUUAUGAACAAGUUUCCAAUCAUCAAGAGCUGGAAAACAAUACGGUGAGCAGUGCAGACCAUAUCGUAGACUUCCCUCAGCCCCUGAACAAGUUUGAAUUAGACCAUAGUCCUUAUGUCAACCCUGAAACCUCAGACAAACCUGAUCUCCAAAAAAAUCAACCUAACACUUCGCUAACUCAAAGUCGGGUGUCAUCCAUGAAUUCAGGAGAUGAAGAAGAUUCGCAUGCACACCUCUUCCUGUCAAGGUACCCAGACGUUGAGAGUGCUGUGGAUGCAAUCCGUAGAAUAGAAACUGAGCGGCUCUUUCACCAAGAAUUGCUGCUCGAGGAACUGAAGCUGAGACGAAAAUACGGCCUGCCGUCGAGUAACGUCCUCGAAGAUUUGAAAAAGGAGAUCGCGCUAAAAGAAAAGAUUGGAGACAUGGAUUCUCUCAUUGCUCAAGGAGGUAGUGACUUUGGAAGGGCAGAAGCUCUCAAAAACGCUAACUCGCUGAUUGAUCCUAAGUCAAUGACUGGAAAUACUUCGCCCAGAACCUCACCAAGUUAUGACGACUCUUUCCAGGCGGAUCUCUCCAGAGGAGCGUAUCUACUAGGUGGUCAAUCUGGACAUCAAGAGAGAGAUAAUACAUCCAGGGGGACUCCAUCUGAUCUAAUCAAUCAAAGUCUCUUGACCGAAUCUCAAGCAAGUGCACAACUUAGACGAUUGAGUGCCUUCAAUACCGUAACCCACGCACCCUAUCAACCGGAUAUCGAAAAGGGAAGUCCAAGUAUUUUGGAUAUGCCUACUUCAAGUCAUGUUCAGCUUUCGUCGCCGCAUGUCUCAGAUGAGUCUUCCAACGACUGGAGUGCUUCUCAGCACCUCAGAUCUUUCACAUCACGCUUUGGUAGGCCCAGAAGAGGGAGAAGAAGGUUAGCAUCAAUGCCACCAAGCUUACCUUCGCAUUAUGCAGACGAAUCAGAAAUACAGCAGCAAGAUGCAUCUUUUGGGUCCAGAAAGCAAGGAUCUCCAGCCCCGUUUUCACCGAUGUUGGUCCACCAUCGACCAUCGCUUCCCCAUAAUUCAUCCCGCCAAAUGAAGCCACCACCAACCAUUUUACGUCCCCCACCGUUACCUUUCCGGUCUCCGCAGAAUUCAAGCCAUCGAUUCCCAUCUGUGACCACCCUACCACCUCCUCCCGAUUACGUUCUUCCUUCAAGUCCUCAGCGUCCGACGCCAAAGCGAUUUCGCCCCGCCCUGGCAAAAACAAUGCGGACUGAGCUUCAGAGAUUGGAAGAUUUCGCCAACCAAAGAGAGAUAGAACCGAUAGAGGCAAUGCAAACAGGAUAUGAUAAUCAACCAACGAAGCCAACACAAGUAUCCCCUGUGUAUAGUAAGUAUGCCUCUGCCCAUGUCGAUACUGUGACCAAUCCAUUUACUAUGAGUGGACCUCCCAAUCGAUCUGUUAAACCAAACCAAAGUCAAUCGUCUUUAAAGAAUCCGAACCCACAAACUGCUUUCAAUUUGGUCAUCCAUGAAGCCCCUUCAAGGCUACCUUCAAAUCAAGUUAGUAGCGAAGCUGACAGUUCCCCUUUGGAUCUCAGUUGCAAGAUUUGAUCCACAAAUUAGCUAGCUAGAGCCCGCCACAUACUUUACAAUUCAGUCGCAACCAUGACUUAAAAUUAACGGAAUUUUUGUUACGGUCAUUAAAGAAUAACCAAAUUAAAUCAUUUCAUUUGAUAUCAUAAAUAAUAUUCAUGCUAUUGUACUAGCUCUUCUAAAAUCUAAGUUUCAGCUCAGUGUAAGCCUGUAUUGCAAACUUGGAUUCCGUUUAAGACUUGUACAACAAAAUCACAAUAUCUAUAAAUCUCACUCUUGCAAGUUCACUCUCAGUCAAUCAUAUCGAAUGAUUUCAAGAGUUCAAAACUGUUAAUGCAAAUUUGUUAUUAUGAAACAAGUUUUAUGAAGACAGUAUAGUAUACAUAUAUAUACAAAACUUUAUCAUCUGAUCGCAGGCAGAUCGUCUAGUGUAUGGCGGGCUUAAAGUUUAUCUCUGAAAUCGUAUUGACAAUAUGGAAUUGCAAGUCCACCCUGACUUAAAAUUGAGUUUAAUAAGGGCAGAAUAUUGAGAGAAAGAUAAUUACUGAAUGUUUAACGGAAACCAAUCACAGGGUAAUUGUAUUAUAGAUUGGAAUUUUUUUCUCUAAUAU